UUUUGAAAACAAGCCGUGCGAUUCCUCUCAGCGGUAUGCCAUAAUAUAAACCAAAUUAUAUAGAUGGAGGUUUCGUGAAAACUAGCGAAAUCGGAUAUGCUCAUGCAAUCUUGUAUUCUGUUUGUGCAAACUGUAUGUAAUCCACAGUAUCUCCCGGUGUUUACGCAAAGCUGCGGGUGAUUUAAUUUUCUGCAGUGUUACGUGAUAAGUGUUACUCAUUGUCAGAGAUUAGAAACAACGACCAGGUCUCCGGGAAGUGUGAUAAUUGAUCGAAGUAUCGAUUUGCUAUUGUUCGACGAAGAUAGAUAAACGCUAUGCAUAAAAACGGACCACCGCCACCUUAUGAACCUCCUCCAUAUGCACCACCCUCUUACUCUCAGAAUAUAGGAGGAGGAGUUCCUCCUGCCAGUCCAUUUACACCAGCGCAAGCUUAUGCAAAUGGACCAACUAUAGUUACGACUAUUGUUCCGGUUGGGCCACACUCGACCCAUACGAUUUGUCCACAUUGCCAUGCUGAAAUAGAUACAACGACAAAGACAGAACCUGGCAUGAUUGCUUAUGUCUCAGGAAUCAUAAUAGCGCUUUUGGGAUGUUGGUUCGGUUGCUGCUUGAUUCCUUGUUGCAUCGAUGAAUGCAUGGAUGUUCAUCACACUUGCCCAAAUUGUAAAGCAUAUCUGGGACGUCAUAGAAGAUAAGCAAAUGGAUUGCAUUAGCAUCCACAAAUUGCAUUUGAAUAUUGAAAUGUCUUUACAACACUUGACCACAAACAGAUAUUGAGCUUGAUAUUGAAUCUGUACAUUUUUGCAAUAAUUCUUUGCUAAGAAAGUACCACACAUGAUGUAGCUUUAUAUAUCAAUCAGCCAUAUAUUUAUAACAAAGAAUGCACAGUAUUUAAGUAAUUAUACAUAUUCUAUACAAUUUAAUAUUUACAAGAUAAUUUUAUUACAAUUUACAAUUUUAUAUAAUCUCUUGCACAUUUUUAGAAAAAUAUUGCGCUUUUGCAUAUAGUUGAUGGAAUUAUUGCGCGUCAAAUUUUCAGUAACAACAAGCAUGCCAUUUUAAAACAAAUUGUGUCAUGAGAAAAAAACGUAGUAUCAAUGUGUACUUCCAUAUUAAAAGAAAUUUAUAUCUUUAAUUUACUUCCAUUAGUAACAUAAAUAGGCACCAAAGACUAUAUCUGUGUGGCAUCGAUUUUUAAAGAUUUACAUUGAUUUACUAUGAUUUAUAUUUUGAGCUUAGACAUUUUCCGAAGCAUAAUAAUUAAAAUCGCCAUGAAAUAGUAGGCAGCAGUACACACAGCUCUUUCUUUAUUCGAGUCAUUCUACACAAUAAUUAAUGACGUCUCUCACGUGAAAAUGCCGAUAAUCAAGCUUAUAUUAUAUUAUAUUAAUGUAGAUAACUUAUGAUAUUCUUAUUCGUUAAUGGAGAUAGAUGGCAGCCAAUAUAUCGUGCAUGUGCUUGAAAAUUUAGAAAACUUACCAUACUUGUUUAAAAAGUUAUAUAUAAUUGAUAUUUAUAUAUCAUUUUUUAUGUUAUAAAAGUAACUGAAAAAAUUAAUAUUAAAUUAUAAAAAUUAAUACAUGAUUAAAUAUUUUAGAGCACAUAAUGAAUUUUAAAUAUCAUUUAUUGAAAAACUGAACUUGAUAUUGUUUUCAAGAAUUUGUACGAUUUUUUUUUUUAUAAUAAAACGUAAGAAUAUCGUUUAAUAUGUCAAAGUAAAUGAGAAUUUGUUAUACAUAUUUUCGCAAGCAAUGCGUGAGUUGAAUCGAAAUUGCAACGAGAUUCCAGACCUCAUAUGUUCUUAUAUUACAAGAUAUAUAUUUCUAUGUUGUUAACUAUGUAAAAAAAAUUUGACUAAUAAAAUAUUAAAAUGUAAAAAACAAAAGCACAUAACUUUUAAUAAAAAAUAUAUAUAUGUAUACAUUAUACUUGCAAUAUUUAAAAGAAGAAUAAUAUUGUGCAAUAAUAAAAUUUAUUUUACUCUA